AUGACAGAAGUCGUGAGAAUACUUGAAAGUGUUCUUGAAUAUCAAUCUGUAAACUCCUUAAAGACAUUCACUAUGGAAACUAGAUCACAAUAUUUAUUGCCAGACGCAAGGCCGUCAAGUUCUGUUGUUAAUAGUAUAAAAGCCACAAAUCCAGAAUUGGCAGGCAAGGUAGAGAAUACUGAUCUAUUCGAGAUGUACUUCAAAAUAGCAGAUUUAGAUAGAGAUGAACGUAUUAAUGAUGUGGAAGCUGUUCCAUUCUUUCAAACCUCUGGAUUACCUAAGGCUAUUCUUUCUCAAAUAUGGGCAUAUGUUGAUGUAAACCGUAGUGGUUACCUUAACCGACCAGAGUUCGACAAUUAUCUAAAACUGGUAACCAUUGCUCAAAGUAAGCAAGAACUUACUCCAGAUAUUGUGAAAGCAGCUCUAUAUGGACCCGAUUCAACUAAAAUUGCUGCUCCCCAGAUUGACCUGGAGGCCUUAGCUGUUCCUCAACUAAAUUUAAAGACUAGAUCAAAAAAUCCAUUGCUAGACACAGUGCCAUCAAAUUCUACUGAAAAUGAUAUAAACCCCUCACAUACAGAAAUGGGACGUCAGGUAACAAAUGCAGAUGUAUUCGAAAGUUACUUUAAAAGAGCAGAUUUAGAUCAAGAUGGGCGUGUUAGUGGUGCUGAAGCCCUUCCCUUCUUUCAAGCCUCUGGUUUACCUAAGUCAGUUCUCGCUCACAUAUGGCGAUGUGUUGAUACAAAUCGAAAUGGUUACCUUAGUCAGAUAUGGUGA